AGCUUCAAAAAACAAUGUCCACCUGAAGAGAAAGGUCUUGAAGGAGCUUACCCAGUUUCAAACUGCAGAAGAGAAAGUAAAUUAUAGCCUGCAGAAAAGAAGAGGAGGGAAGAGAUGUCAAGGAUACAGCAAUGCAAGAGGAAUUAAAUCCAGAAUUAGCUACAGGACUAAAGUUGGAUGAAUUAUCAGAGUCCAUCCGCAAUGCAAGCACAAGUACAAAGUUUCAAGAACCUGAGCCCAUUGACGUCACUCAGACUGUCAAUAAACAGAUAUCACAUGAGGAAAAGGUCAUUGAACAGGCUGACCAAGUAAUCAACUCCAGAGGAACUAGUAAAUUACCACCUUGUGGAAGAAGAGGAAAAUGUCAAGGACACAACAACCGCAGAUGACUUACAGCCUGAGGUAGAUCAGGAGUCAGGGCAAAUGAAAUAUUUGAUACCAAAGAUAAUGCAAGUGAAAGUACAAAGAGUUUGAACCAAAAGAGAAGGGAAGACAAGGUUGUUGACAGACCUCCCAAAGUUUCAACAGCAGAAGCAGCGAAUUAUUGCUCUCCAGACGUUAAGGACGAAGACAAUGUUAAGGACGCAACACUCAGCCAUGAGUUAAAUCCAGAUGUAGAUCAAGGAGAAAAUGACACUAAAGCAUCUGAGACCACUGAAAAUGCAAGUGAAAAUACAAAGUUUGAAGAUUCUGAAACUGUGGAUGCAACUCAGAGUUUCAACCGACAGAUGACAAGGGAAGAGAAGGUUGUUGACGGGCCUCCCAAAGUUUCAACAACAGAAGAAGCGGUGAAUUACUGCUGUGCAGAGGAAGUUAAGGAGGAAGACCACGUCAAGGAUGCAACACUCAGCCAUGAUUUAAAUCCACAUGUAGUUCAAGAAGAAAACGCCACUAAAGAAUCUGAGACCACAGAAAAUGCAAGUGAAAGUACGAAGGUCGAACAACCUCACUGCAUUGAAUUCUCUCAGAAUUUCAAGAAAGACAUUCCACAUGAAGACGAAAUUGUGGAAGGGCUUCACCUGGCUUCAACUAAAGAAGAAAACAGUAAACUACUGCAAUGCAGAAGAAGUUAAGGCAGAAGGCUAUGUCAAGGAAACAGCAACCAGAGAUGAGAUAAAGCAGGAACUGGAUUCCAAGUUGCAAGUAUCUGAAAAUAGAGAAGCAACUCGUGUAAUCAACGCAGACAUGGAAACUCAAGACGAUGUUAUUGAAGGAGCUCAUCAAGUUUCAAUUGUAGAGAAUGUUGGAAAUUAUAGGCCUGCAGAAGAAAGAAAGGAGGACAAUGUCGACAAUGUCGACAAUACAACUGGAGACAAGUUGUCAACAAUAAUAAAGCUUGAAGAAACCACUGGCACUGAUGUGGCUGAAAUUUUGGAGAAAGACAAUCCAAGAAAAGACAAAGUCAAUGAAGAACCUUCCCAAGUUUCAGCUGGAGAGGAACCAGCACUAAUAACCCGACAGAAGGAGGAAAGGAAAGGAAUAUCAAUGAUGCAGGAGCUCAAGAUGAGUUAAAGCCAGAAGUAGCUCCAGGAGUAAAGCUAUAUGAAAUAUACGAAGACGUGAAUGAAAGCAAAAGCACAAAGUUUCAACAACCUGAGCCAAGUGAUACCACUCAGAGUGUCAACAAACAAAUAAAAAGAGAAGAUAAGGUUGUCAAAAUGUCUCCGGACAAAUUACCAGCAGACAAAAUAGUAAAUUAUCAACUUGCAGAGGGAGUAGAGGUAAAGAAUGUCAACGAUAGAACACUGGCAGAUGAAAACCACGAAGCAAAGCCUAAGACAGAAUCAGGAAUGAUGGCAGAUGAAAUAUCUGAAACGCAUUAUGCAAGUGAAAGUACAAAGCUUACAGAAGCCAAGACUGUUGAUGCAACUGAUAGUUUCCAGGAAAAGAUGCCACAGCAAGACAAGGUUGUUACAACUGCAGAACAAACAACUAAUCAAAGCCCUGGACAAGAAGAAAAGGAGGAAAGGAAUCUCAAUGUUACAACAAUCAGCGAUGAGUUAAAGCCUGAAAUAGAUCCAGGAGAAAUAUCUCCGACCGUAGACAAUGCAGAAGUAGGAAAGGAGAAAAGGAAUGUCACAGUUACAACAGCAGAUGAGUCAAAGCCUGAGAGACAUAUAGGACAAAAGUUUGAAGAACCUGAGGUAACAGAUGCAUCUCAGAGAACAAACACACCAAUGUCAAGUGAAGAACAGGUUGUCGAGGGGCCUAUGCAAGUGUCAAUUGAAGUUAAUUAUUGCAAUGCAGAAGAAAGAAAGGAGAAAAGGAAUGGCAUUGAUACAACUGGAGCUGACUUAAAACCAGAAGUAGAUCAAGAAGUGAAGGUAGAUAAAGUAUCAGCAACCACAAGCAAUGCAAGUCAAAGCAAAAAGUUUGAAGGAACUGAGAUAUUUGAUGCUCAGAGCCCCAAAAAACAAAGUCCGCCUGAAGACAAAGGCCUUGAAGGACCUUACCCAGUUUCAACUGCAGAAGAGAAAAUAAAUUAUAGCCCUGCAGAAAAACCAGAGGAGGAAAGAGAUGUCAAUGAUACAGCAAUGCAAGAAGAAUUAAAUCCAGAAUUAGCUCCAGGAAUAAAGUCGGAUGGAUUAUCACAGUCCAUCAGGAAUUUUCAAGAACCUGAGCCCAUUGAUGCCACUGAGACUGUCAACAAAAAGAUACCAAGUAAAGAAAAGGUUGUUGAACAGCAUGACCAAGUAUCAACUCCAGAUGAAAUAUUAAAUUACCACCUUGCAGAAGAUAAGAAAAAGAGUGUCAAGGACACAUCAACUGCAGAUGAAUUACAGCCCAAGUUUGAAGAUCCUGAAACUGUGGAUGCAACUCAGAGUUUAAACCAACUAACGACAAGGGAAGAGAAGGUUGUUCAUGGGCCUCCCAAAGUUUCAACAACAGAAGAAGCAGUGAAUUACUUCUGCAAAGAGGAAGUUAAGGAGGAAAAUGUAAAUGAUGCAACACUCAGCCAUGAUUCAAAUCCACAUGGAGUUCAAGAAGAAAAUGACACUAAAGAAUCUGAGACCACAGAAAAUGCAAGUGAAAGUACAAAGUUCAAACAACCUUGCUGUAUUGAAUUCACUCAGAAUCUCAAGAAAGACAUUCCACAUGAAGACGAAAUUGUGGAAGGGCUACAUCUGUCUUCAACUAAAGAAGAAACAGUAAGCUACCAUGAAAUUGUGGAAGGGCUGCACCCGUCUUCAACUAAAGAAGAAACAGUAAGCUACCGCAACACAGAAGAAGUUAAGGCAGAAAGUUAUGUCAAGGAAACAACAACCAGAUAUGAGUUAAAGCCGGAACGGGAUUCCAAGCUUGAAGACACAAAUGAGACUGACAUGGCUGAAAAUUUGGAGAAAGACAUCCCAAGAAAAGACAAAGUCAACGAAGAACUUUCCCAAGUUUCAGCUGGAGAGGUAUCAGCAAACUAUAAGCCAGCAGGAGGAGGAAAGGAAAGGAAUGUCAAUGAUGCAGCAACUCAAGAUGAGUUAAAGCCAGAAGUAGCUCCAGGAGUCAAGCUAUAUGGACUAUCCGAAGACAUGAAUGAAAGCGAAAGCAAAAAGCUUCAAGAACCUGAGCCAAUUGAUACCACUCAGAGUGUUAGCAAACAAAUAAAAGAAGAAGAUAAGGUUGUUGAAAGGUCUCCGGGCACAUUACCAGCAGACAAAUUAGUAAAUGAUCACCUUGCAGAUGGAGGAGAGGUAAAGCAUGUCAAGGAUAGAACACCGGCAGAUGAAAACCUUGAAGCAAAGCCAAAGACAGAAUCAAGAAUGAUGGCAGAUGAAAUAUCUGAAACGCAUUAUGCAAGUGAAAGUACAAAGCUUACAGAAGCCAAGACUGUUGAUGCAACUGAUAGUUUCCAGGAAGAGCAGACAAAGGAAGGCAAGGUUGUUGAAGGGCCACCCAAAGUUUCAACUGCAGAACAAACAAUUACCGAUAGCCCUGGAGAGGAAGAAAAGGAGGAAAGGAAUCUCAAUGUUACAACCAUCAGUGAUAAGUUAAAGCCUGAACUAGAUCCAGGAGAAAUAUCUCCAACAAUAGACAAUGCAAGUCAAAUUACAAAGUUCAAAGGACCUGAAAUUGUUGAUGUCAGCCCAAGUUUCAAGAAAGAGAUGCCAAGUGAAGAUGAGAUUGUUGAAAGGCCACCCCAAGUUCCCACUCCAGAGGAAUUAGUAAGUUAUAGCCCUGAUGAAGAAGGAAAGACAGAAACAAAUGUCAAGGAAACAACAAACAGAGAUUACUUGAAUCCGGAAGCAGAUCACAAAAUGGAGGAAGAUGAAAUAUCUGAGAGCACAAAUAGUACAAGUAAAACUACAGAGUUUGAACUACCUGAGAACAUAGAAGCAACUAAGGGAGUGAACACACAGAUGCCAAGAGAAGACAAGAUUGGUGAAAGGUCUAUCCAAGUUUCAAUUGCCAAGGUUGUUGGAAGUUUUAGCCAAGAAAUAAAGGACAAGAGUGUUGACAAUGCGACUGGUGAUGAGUCACCAACCAGAAUAAAGCUUGAAGGAUACCAUGUGAAUGAUACAAACCAAAGUUUAGAGAAGGAGAUCACAAGUAAAGACAAAGUUGCUGAACAACCUUUCCAAGUAUCAACUGCAAAGGAACAAGUAAAUGAUAUCCCAGGAGUAGGAAAGGAGGAAAGGAAUGUGACAGAUGCAGCAAUCCAGGAUGAAUUACAGCCAGAAGUAGCUCCAGGAAUAAAGCCAGAUGAUGCAUCUCGGACCAUGAUGAAUGCAAGUGGAAGUAUUAAGUUUCAAGAACCUGAGCCAAUUGAUGCCGCUCAGAGUAUCGAAGAACAGAUAACAAGUAAAGACAAGGACGUUGAAGGGCUUCACCAUGUAUCAACUAUGGAUGAAAUAGUAAAUUAUCACCAUGCAGAUGAGGGAGAGGAAAAGAAUGUCAAGGAUAAAGCUAUCAUAGAUGAAUUAAAGCUGAAGGUAGAAUCAGGAGUCAAGGCAGAUGAAGUAUCUGAGACACAUUAUGCAAGCGAAAGCACAAAGUUCAAAGAAGCAGAGACUGUUGAUGCAACUAGCAGUUUCCAGGAACAGAUGCCAAAGGAAGACAAGGUUGUUGAAGCGCCUGCCAGAGUUUCAACUACAGAAGCAGUAGUUAGUUGCCGCCAACCAGAAGAAAAAAGGGAGGAAAGGAAUGUCAAAAAUACAACAAUCAGAGAUGAAUUAAAGGGCGAAGUAAAUUCACACUUAACAGUCAGUGAAGUACCUGAGACCAUACAAAAUGCAAGUGAAAACGCAAAGUUCAAAGGAUCUGAGCCAAUUAAUGUCACUCAGGAAGUGCCAAUUGAAGACAAGGUUGUUGAAGGUCCUCCCCAAGUUUCAAUUGCAGAGGAAACAGUAUAUUAUAGCCAUGCGGAAGAAGGAAACGCAGAAAGGAAUACCAAUGAAACAGCAACGAAAGAUGAGCAAAAGGCCAGAGUGAAUCCCGAAAUAGGGGUAGAAGAAAUAUCUCUGACCACAAAAAGUGAAAGUGAAAGUGAAAGUACACAGUUUGAGGUACCUGAGAGAACAGAAGCAGCUCCGGAUAUCAACAAAAAGAUGCCAAGUGAAGACAAGGUUGUCAAAGAGCUGUCUUUCCAAGUCUCGAUUGCAGAGCAUGUAGGAAACUAUGGCUGCACAGAGGAAAGAAAUGAGGACACGAAUGUUACAGAUACAACUGCAGACAAGUUAGCAACAGGAAUAAAGGUAGAUGAAAUAUCUAGUACCACAAAAGUUGCAAGUCAAAGUACAAAUGUCCAUGAAAAUCUUGACGAAACUGAAGAUUUCAAGAAACAGAUUCCAACUAAAGACCAAGUUGUUGAUGGAACUUGCCAAGUUUCAACUGCAGUGGAACUAGUCAAUUUUAGCUCCACAGAAGAAGGAAAAGAGGAAGGCAGAGUCAUGGAUGUGUCAAAGCAAGCUGAGUUAAAUCCAGAAGGAGCUCCAGAAAUAAAGUCAAAUGAAACAUCAGAGACCCCAAUGAAUGCAAGUGAAAGUACCAAGUUUCAAGAACCUGAGACGAUAGAUGCCACUAAGAGUUCCCACAAACAGAUGACGUAUGAAGACAGGGAUGUUGAAGGGUCUGACCAAAUUUCAACUGUAGAGGGAAUCGAUAAUUACAACCUUGCACAACAAGAGUGGAAUGUCCAGGAUACAAGAACUCUAGAUGAGUUAAAGCCAGAGGAAGAUCCAGGAGCACAGGCAGAGACUAUUUCUGAGACCACAUAUUGUGCAAGCAGGAGUAUCAAGUUUGAAGAACCUGAAGCAGUUCAUGCCAACCAUAGUUUCAAAAUAGGGAUGCCAGCAGGCAAGGUCGUUAAAGAGCCUCCUCAAGUUUCAACUGCAGAGGACAAGGUUAAUUACAGCCCUGAAGAAGAAAGAAAGGAGGAAACCAACGUCAAGUAUACAAAAUCUAGCGAUGAUCUACAGUCAGAAGUUGAGCCAGGAUUGAUUGUCAAUGUAUCUGAUGUCAUAAAUGAUGCAAGUCAAAAUACAAAGAAUUGCAACGACCAGAUGGCAAGUGAAGAUGAGGGUGUUGAAGGGCCUCCCCAAGUUUCAACUGCAGAGGAAAUACUAAGUUACAGUCCAACAGAAGAAGGAAAGGAGGAAAGUAGUGUCAAGGAUACAUCAGCCAUUGAUGAAUUAAAGACGAGAGUAUGUCCCAAAGAAAAGGUUGAUGAAAUAUCAGAACCCACAAACAGUGCAACGGAAACUACACAGUUUGAAGAACCUGAGAUAAUUGAUGCUGCUCAGAGUUCCAAGAAACAGAUCCUAAGUGAAGAAAAUGUUGUUGGUGGGUAUUGCGAGGUUUUAACAGCAAAGGAAAUAAAACAUUAUACCCUUGGAGAAAAUGUGGAAGAAACUAAUGUGAAUGAUACAAGUGCUGAUGAGCUAAAUACAGAAGAAGAUAUCAGAGGAACGGUAGAUGAAAUAUCUGUCAGCACAAAUAAUGCAAGGGAAACUACAAAGUUUGACAAAACUGCGACAUCUGACGCCACUCAGAGAUUCAAGAAGCAGAAGCCAAGUGCAGAUAAAGUCGUUGAAGAACCUCACCAAGAUCCAAUUAUGGUGGAAACAGUGCAAUAUUGCCCUGCAGAAGAAGAAAAGCAGCAAAGGUGUACAAUGGAUACGACAACCAAAUCAGAAUUGCAGGAAAAAGCAGACAAGUUGCCCAGAAGAAACACAGAAACUGAAGUGGCUACUUCAAAUGAAAAGGUUGAAAUUCCUGGAGUAUGGUCUCCAAAGUACGACGAGGGUGUAAAGGGUUCUAAUUACCAAGAAAAAAUAUUCAAAUAUGAUUCAGAAGUGACUGCAACAGCAUCAUCAAAGAAAUUAGGUGAAUACAUUGUGUCUGGAGCUGAGCCGCUAAAGCCAGUCCAUGAAAAGAUUGGGGAUUAUCCAAAGAGUGAAGAUGUUGCCAAAGAAGACAUAAAUACUUUGGAAAGCCACAAGGAUGAUACAGUGACUCACUAUUCACCAAGUGAAUCAUUGUAUGAAAUGACUAAUGCCACAGGAGGCUUGGUUCUGGAAAAGCAAGAGGGCAGAAUUGAUAAAGCUGUCAGUCUACUUCUCUCUGGAACUUCUAGAGAUGAAGAGAGCAAUAAAUUGGAUAAAGAAGAGCAGUAUUGUUCAAUUACACAAAAGGAAUCCAGAAAAGAGGUCAGCAGCAUACCAAAAGGGAGUGGUAUCAAAGAUAAGGAAAAGGAAGAAAAGGUUGAGGGACAGGAAAGUCUCCCAACAUGGAUAAGUGUGACGAAGCUAGACGGAGAUGAAAAUAUCACAAAAAGUGAAAAUGAAGAUAAAAAGUUUCACAAUCAGAGCAAAAACUCUGAUUUUCCAUUUACUGGGCAGGAGUCGGCAAGAGAAUUCCAAGGCAACAUAAAGGAGCUGCAACGUGCCAAUGAUUUCAAUCUUGUUGCAUCGAAGGUAGAAGCAGAAAGUGGAAGAGAAAGAAAGGCGAGUGAUGAAUGCGAAGAUAUGUCAAGCUAUAUAAAAUCAGAUCUAAUUCCAGAAGUGAAGGUCAUGGAGAGACCCAGAGAAGAAAUCUUAACAAAGGCUGAAUGUAAGGAAGACAAAGGUCAGGUUGAUAAAAUAGCACAAAAAGGUGGAUUGGCUGAUCUUACACAAGCCACAAAUAACUCUGAGGACAUCAACAUGCCAUAUAAAAGUUCCAUUAUAAUGUCAGAUUUGGUGAUUAUGGCAAAAGAAGAUCCUGAAACUGGCAUUGAAAGACAGCUUUUAACUGAAGACAAAGACAUCUCACUAAUGCAAAAAGGCCAGAGAGGUGAAACUUUACAGCCUGAAACAGAAGAACUCAAACCUGGAGAUGCUUCCCAGGCUGCAGCAGAGGCAGUCAAAGAAGAAUAUGGAGAAAAGGAACGACUUAAUAAUGACUGCAAUGACGAAACACAGAAAUUCAGAUCAGCCAUAUCAGAAGAGAACUCAGAGUCUGAGCUGGUGCCAGAACAAGAUGAUAGAGAAGCUCAAGGCCAACAAAAAACCAUCAACCAAUCAAGAUUGGAGGUAACUAGAAAGGAGGGGCCUUUUGAUCCUGUGACUGAGAUGGAUACCAGUCUCCUUCUGAACAUGCAAAAACAUGAGGGGGGCCCUUGUUGUGAUUCUGAUAAGCAAGAAGGAGGAGGAGAUCCAAAUGAUAGCUUAAUUGACAACAAGAAUCUCCCAGUCCAGGAAACAGAAAGCAUCUGUGCUGGAAAAGAAGACCAGGAACCAGUAACAUGCAACGAAGAUAAGGAAACUGAAAAAGCAACAGGGGGGCUCAUAUUAGAGGAAAAAACUACGACUUCACUUCCUAAUCUUCUCGAGGUAUCAAAGAAUGAGAACUCACAAGUGUCUGGAGACAUUAUUUCAGAAAGCAAGCAGACAAUUCGAAGAGAAGGGAUGAAGAAUGGAAUAACAGGAACUUCUGAACCUAAGGAACCGAACACUGAUGAAGCUAAAGAUGAAGAAGGGGAAGAAGAUAAACAGCAAAGAGAAGAGCUAGGCUAUGACCAUCCAGUCAUAGUAGAAGCCUCAAGAGAUAUCCAUGUCAAAGCUUCUCCAAAGAAAUCUCAUAGUAUCUUGUCAGGCGUUGGAUCAAAAGUCAAGCACUCAAUAGCUAAGGUCAAGAAAGCAAUCACAGGGAAGUCUUCUCAUCCAAAGCCAUCAUCACCAAAGUAAAGCAAGAAGAUCGCCAUUUGGCACCGCAUAGUUCAGUUUGGAAUCUUCUAUUGCAGAUAACUUGAAAUUCAUCAAACCAAGGACAUGCUAUCAGUUUAAAUCUAUCAUGAUAGGGAGCAUUUCAAAUCAGUACUUAAACAGCGCUAAGUGAUAGGGAUCAUAUAUUCAGGUGUAAAUGCCAAACAGAUGUAGUAAUACUCAGCUUUGUGUGUGUGUCAAGUUUCUGUUUUCACUGGCUUCAGAA